AUGGGAAAAUCCAAUAGUAAACUCAACGAAGACGAACUGAGGGAGUUACAAAAAUGCACUCAUUUUAACAAAAGUGAACUUCAACAGUGGUAUAAAGGAUUUUUAAAAGAUUGUCCUUCCGGUGAACUUGACAAAAUCGAGUUUCAAAAGAUAUACAAACAAUUUUUUCCUUUUGGUGAUCCCUCCAGAUUUGCUGAAUAUGUUUUUGAUGUAUUUGAUGAAAAUAAGAAUGGAAAAAUAGAGUUCAAGGAGUUUAUAUGUGCCUUAUCUGUUACUUCCCGAGGAAAAUUGGACGAGAAGUUACAUU